AUAUACCGUCGAGAUUCAACCUCACAUUUGAAAGAUGUGAAAGGGCAAACACUGUAAACACAUUAUGAUUCGAAACAACGAAAGAGUCGUAGUGAGUUCAAUCAUCUCAUUAUUUGACCAGAUAUUACAAUAACGUUAUCACUACGGUAUCUACAGUCCUAUUUACAUCAUUCAAUGCCCCGUUCUGUACAAAGUGGACGAUGUAGGGGUCAACCCCAUCUGAGUCGUGACAGUACCGGUACCCUUGAAGAUCCUUCCACUGCUUUUCUAGUAAUGUGCGCCGUUGCAGUUAUUUGCAUCGGCAAUAUCUCUCAGAUGGGUAUAUGAGGACCGAGUAAUAGUGGAAGGGUGGAUCUGGUUCUUUUCCCAUAUAUACAUCAUGCAAGUUCCUGAGAGAUCUUCCUCUUUUUCCUUCACCUCAAAUCUACAUUCUUUUUAUCAUCUUCAUCAUGCGCACCUCUACUUUGGCCUCUUCAGUUCUUACUGCUGGACUCGUGUCCGCUCGCAUUACUGCCCGCGAUAACAGUUCAGUCUGGGUAACAGAGGUGCCUAAUUACGUCCGCCCCUACGCAAUUGCACAUUAUGAUGCAUCUGGCUGUCAGGUUGGAAGCCAACUCUAUCGAUUCCCGGUUACUGGACCAUCGUCUGGAGGUGCUUUCUCCCUUCUCGCAACAAACGCACCACCUUCGACUGAUUUAGGAGUUCUUCCUCACAUUCAUCAAAAGCAUUAUGAGAAUUUCUUCAACCUCAAAGGUCGCUUCCAGCUUUGGACUGAAAAGGAUGGUGAUUCCGAGACAAGACUCUUGACACAAGGAGAUUACGGAAGUGUACCAACCAACACAACCCAUACUUUCCAAAUUUUGGAUCCCGACACUGAGAUGGUCGGAAUUAUCUCACCUGGAGGAUUUGAGGACUUGUUUUAUGCCCUUGCCGAUUCCAACUGGACCUUAGCCUCUUCGGAAACCCAACCCCCUUACGAUCCUCUCCUCGUUGUCAAUGGCAGUAGCUCUCCUCCCGCCUCAGUCAUUAGCUCUCUUGAAAAUUUCGAUGUCUAUGCCCAGCUUGACUUCGUUCCUCGUACAGAUGCGAUUAACGGUACUGCUCCAUUGAACAGUACCUGGCACACUGGAGCCAACGCUCUUGGCGCUCAAGGUUCUCCAUACUACGUCGCCAAGGACUUUGGACCACAAUACAUUAACGAUGCCGCUGGAUACCAAAUCAUUCAGCCAUUCGUUACUCCAGUACAAUCCGAGGACGCAUUCUCUUUGUCGACCAUUACCCUUGCCCGCAAGUUAUCCAACGUCACCAUCCCAACAUCAUCAUAUACCGGCCAUGCGGCUUUCGAGGUUCUUGAGGGUAUGUUGACUGUUGAGAUGGAAGGUGAAACAUUAUCGCUUAUUCAAGGUGAUGUUGUCUUCAUUCCUGGAAACACAACAUACAAGUACUACAGUACCGUGCACUUCUCCAAAUUUUUGUUCAUCGGUGCUGGAGCCGAAGCAAUGGACACUCAGCUCAUCGCUGCUGGUGCUUCAUGGUCUUCCCCAGUUUGGCCUGCGUAUGCUUAGGUAUUCCGUGGUGGAUCUCUCUAGCUAGCUAAGCUUAGGUAGCUGUAUAUAAAACAAUUAAUAAUAAACAAUACAAAACACUUGCCACUUGGAAUUCAUUCGUCCAAAAUUUGCUUUUCAAUGAUUGGACCGUUCAGGAACGCACAUCUACUCAGCCUAUUUUUCUGCAAAAAGA